AUGUCUUCAGGAACUGGAAUUGGAAUUGGUUGGAACUGGAAAUGGAAUUGGUUGGAACUGGAAUUGGAAUUGGUUGGAACUGGAAAUGGAACUGGUUGGAACUGGAAUUGGAAUUGGUUGGAACUGGAAUUGGAAUUGGUAGGAAUUGGUUGGAAUUGGAAUUGGAAUUGGUCAGAAUUGGUUCGAAUUGGAAUUGAAAUUGGUUACAAUUGGCUCGAGUUACCUAAAACUCGUAUGGAAUUGGCCUAA